UUAAAAGGAUACUUAUCAUUAUGAUGUUGUUUUUAUGUUAAUAGUAAUUUUCUCAUUGUACUCUACUCAUUGUAUUGUAUAAUUGUAAUUGAUUUAUCAAUUCAAAUAUAAUUCUGUCAUAUGAAUAAAAUGCUUCACUGAAAUAUGUCAGUCGAGUUAGAGUCAAAUAAAGUUGAUAAUGUAGUUGAAGAUUUUCCUGGAAAGUUAAAAAAUUCAAAGAUGAACCUGAAAAUGAAAAAGGACACAUUCAACGAGAAGUUAAACUUAUCCAUAGGAAUAUUUGAUAUCAUUGUAUUGGGCGUUUUUGAUGAAGAUGACGACGGAAAGGUUUAUCCAACUUAUAAAUCGGUUAAAAAAAUGUUAGACUUGUUCACUGACUAUGGCAAUUUCAAUGAGGAAUUAGUUGUAACCACUGAAGGUCAGUUUGGACGAUUCGGUGAAAAUGGCUAUCAAGAUGGAAUCCUUGGUUUAUUACAAAGAAGGGAAGCCGAUGUCAGUUUACUUCCAAUGUCAAUUAAUAUUCCUCAACCUCCUGGACAAUUUACAGCAAUAGUCACUGAAGAAGCCUAUUAUAUCAAUGGUUUUGCCAGAACUUCAUCGAUAAUUGAUCAAGAUGUUACUUCAAGUUUCACCCUUUUUCUUCCUGCUACUUGGAUUCUCCUCUUGUCCCUUAUUUACCUUUUUGAAGUCAUUUCAACUUAUCAUUACCAACAUUCAGUUUCAAUUUUAACCCGAUUUUUGAGUUCAGCUGAUCGCUUACCAAGUAUUUUAUUUGUCCAACAAUCAGUUGUCCAUCGAUCUAUAAUCAAAACAUCUCAAUUGCUGUUACUAAACAGUGUACUUAUAAUUUUCAUGGCCUCUUUCAAAACAACCACAAUUGGUGGAUUCGGCGAAUCUCGUGUCAAUACAUUGCGAGACAUCGUUGAUCUAGACAAGACUCCAUGGUUUGUUGAAGGACUAUCAAUGUUUGAACUAUUUGAGGCUGAAAUCACCAAAGAUUAUGCCGAUGUUUAUCAGUUGGCUAAACGCAAAGGAAGUGCUCGACCGACUCGUAUUGGAGAGCGAGUUGGUCAAAUUCAAGCCUAUUCAUCUGAAAAUGUGUGGCUUUAUUCUGAAAAGGUGGGAAAAAUUGGAAAUUCAAUUGAAGGAACUGACCAUCCAAUGGCCAAGUAUUCAUAUUGGUCUGAUAAAGCGUUUUACCAAUCAUUAUCAGCUUUCCUAGUUAACCCAAGACACGAUGUUGAUCAAAUAAUCAAAAGGUUAAAUUCAGUGACUUCAAAGCUACUGCAAUCAGCUCUGGUUGACUGGAUAAUGACGGCAAUUAUACGAGAAAUAUCCGUGUCUUUGCCUUUCCGUAGGGUGACCGAGCAUGUAUUGAACAAACGAAAAAUCAAACCGAAAAAAGAUAUUAAAUUUGUACCUUUAAAGAUUGGCGGAAUGAGAAAGGUUUUCAUCGGUUUAUUCAUAGUUUUGUCCGUCGCCUUAGUCAUUUCCAUAUUAGAAAUAUUUUUCUCAUUAGUUCAUAAGUAAUGACAAAAAUCUAGUUGAUAAUUAUUCAUGUUAACUUGCGAAAUCUAAAUCGACAUUUUUUAUUUCGAAUUAAAUUAGAGAUAAAAAUGUUUUUUGAUGUUAUUUUCACAAAAUAGUUUCAUUGAUUUAAUAAAAUAAAGCUCUUUUCGAUAUUUGA